AUUCUCUUCAAAAUGAGGAUGUGGAUUCAGAAGAACAAACUUCAGAAGUGUUACCAGUCCCUUCAGCUCCUCCACCUGUUUUAAGUAUGGUUGAACUCUUUAAUCAAAGACGACAGAAGCUUAUCCAAAGAAAACUUAGGAUUGCUGAGUUGUCAAACACCAUUCUGGAAAACCCUGAAAGCAGUGUAUCAGAGCUUCAGGAACUCUGUUCCAUGUGUAAUGAAAAAGAGGCAGACAUCAGAAUAACAACCAAAAAGCUGGCAAUGGUUUCUUUAUUAACAGUGUUCAAAGAUAUCAUACCUGGAUAUCCAAUUCGGACAGCUUCACAGAAAGAGCAAGAUGUGAAGCUAUCCAAAGAGGUGAAAAAACUGAGAGGUUAUGAGGAAGGGCUGUUAAAAAACUAUCAAAAAUACCUACAGAUUUUGGAAGAAACUGUACAAGAGUGUGUUAAAACUCAGAAAAGAAGUUCUAAAAAUGGAUUGGUGGACAAAAAAACUUCAUCUGAGAGUUUGAUGCUUGUAACAGUCCAGUGUAUGUGUGAUCUCCUAACAUCUGUGCCUCACUUCAAUUUCCACACAAACCUUAUUGCAGUACUUGUACCCAGAAUGAAUGAAAAAUCUCUUGAUGGCAAGAUUUCAAAGUUAUGCUGCAAUGCUUUUAUUUCAUUGUUUAAACAAGAUUCAGUAGGAACUGUUUCACUUGAGGCUGUCCGAGUAAUCAGUAAAUUUGUAAAGAGUAAAGGAUUUAGAGUUCAACCUGGUGUUUUAGAAACACUACUUCAUUUGAGAAUAAGUCAGGUAGAUAUCCAGUCGCUUAAACAGCACAAUGAGACGAAAUCAGCAGUCGAACUGAAAAUUGAGAAAAACAAGAAUAGAAUGGAGAAGAAGUUGAAAGGAAAGAUUUCAAAGAAAGAGAAAAAGAGAAAGAGAGAGAUGAAAAAGUUAGAGAAAGAAAUGCAAGAAACUGAAGCUGUUGAAAGUCAACAGAAACGAGCCAAGUUGCAAACAGAGAUCCUCAAGUUCGUGUUUGUGACGUAUUUCCGAGUAUUAAAGACAGUUGGACACUCGCCAGUCUUAUCCCCUGUACUCGAGGGACUCGCCAAGUUUGCGCACCUUAUCAAUGUGGACUUUUUUAAUGAUCUUAUGGGAGCUCUUCAUACACUUCUAAACAACAAGGAACUCACUCUGAGGGAAACUCUCAACUGUGUACUCACUGCUUUUAAAAUUCUAUCAGGCCAAGGGGAAGCUCUGAACAUCGAUCCUCGAGAGUUCUACAGAAUGUUGUACUCGUCACUUCUGCAAAUUCAUGCAGGCGGUAGCAGUCAAGAUGUACCAGUAGCACUGCAGUGCCUGGAGGAAAUGCUAAAGAAGCGACGCAAGCAGGUAAUCAGUUGUAUUUAUCAGAACUUUACAUACAAAUGUUUGUGCAGUAGUCUGUUUCCGCAGAAAGUUAAGUUAAAUAUUCCGCAAGAGAUGGCCUCGUGCAAAAUGGACAUUUUUUACUGA